AUGGCUUCGAUGGAGUACGAGUCCGAGCAACGCGGCUACGAUGACGAGCCCCGUGGCUAUGAUCGCGAGCGUAGCAGAUCUCCGCGCGCCGACCGUCGCGACCUAGAUGAUUCCCGCCAACGCAGCGCUUCGCCCAUCAAUCGCGAUAGCCGCGGCCCGCCCCCAGACUCGCGCGACGAGGACGACAACAGCCGCAACCCUGGCUCCAACCUCUUCGUGACUGGCAUUCACCCGAGCUUGACCGAGGAAGAGGUCACUCGGCUCUUCGAGAAGUAUGGCGAGGUCGAGAAGUGCAACAUCAUGCGUGACCCUCACACCAAGGAGUCGCGCGGCUUUGGCUUCGUCAAGAUGGUCACCUCUGACCAGGCCGAUGCUGCCAAGGAGGGCCUCCAGGGUGAAGUCCACCAGGGCAGGACGCUGAGCAUCGAGAAGGCCCGUCGCGCUCGACCCCGUACCCCAACUCCGGGCAAGUACUACGGUCCGCCCAAGCGUGAGUUCGGCGGUAGUGGUGGUGGUCGUGGAGGUCGCGGAGGCCCUCCCCGCUACGGUGACCGUUACGAUGACCGUCGCGGUGGUGGUGGCUACUCUGGCGGAGGCGGAGGCGGAUAUGGAGGCGGCCGUCGUGACGAUUAUGGAGGCGGCUACGGCUACCGAGGAUCUCGUUAUGAGGACCGUCCCUAUCGCCGCGACCGAGACGACUACAGCUCGCGUGGUGUCGAUCGCUAUGCCUCCCGCGACGACCGUUACGGCGGCCGCGAGGAGCGCCGUGGCGGAGGUGGAGGAUACUACAAUGAGCGCCCUCCUCCACCUGCCGGUGGUGCUGGUGGCUAUGGAGACGCUCCCCCUCCUCGUCAGGAUGCGUACAGUGGUGGUAGUGGUGGUGGUGGUCGACCUUACGAGGACCGUGGUGGUGAUGAACGCUACUCCCGCUAG